GGGGGGCACCGCGCAUGUACAGCCAACAGAUCGCCAAUACUAAUCGUACCGUCGACACGUCUGCUUGCGUCUUUUACAGGUUUCUUCGCCGGCCUCGGUUGGACCGGCGACGGCUCGCGGCGCGUCUCGAGGAGCGCGAACUCCGCGACGACGACGUCGUCAUCGACGGCUGCGAGCGACGUGCCGGCGCCGCUGACGCCGCAGCGUCGUCCUCGGCUGCACUGUCCGUCGCGGCACGCGACCAGCCGCAACAACAAUCACCCCAGCAUCAGCAGCAGCGGCGGCGGCGGCCUGGUGCAUCACGAUCGCCGGCACAACUGCUCGAGAUGCGGUAAGAGCUACAAGAACGCGUACAUCCUGAAGCGGCACUUGCUGUACGAGUGCGGCAAGGCGCCGUCCUUCAGCUGCCCGCACUGCGCCUUCAGCUCCAAAUACGAGCGCAACCUCAAGGCGCACAUCAAUCACCGGCACGUCGAUCUACAGCCGGCGCUAUCCGGCAUCGUCGUCGGUCAGCGGGAAACGCGUCACCAACACGGCAGGGAGUGACUCGUCAGAGUCCUGCGAGGUCGCGAUGUAAAACGAGAACGGUAUUUUUGAUAGGAUCUGAGAUCGAUUGCGGCCGCAAUUCGCGGUUGAGGCUGAAGACACGAGCCAAAGUCCGAGUGUCAAAUUUACGUCAAACUUGUACCGAUGACUAUUAUUCAGAUAUUCGCAAGAUGUGAGAAAUUUGUGAUAUUUAAGGAAUGAAUACGAAAAACGGCAAAUUUCUUGUGCAAAUAUCUGAAUGAUAUACUUUUACAAUUUGUGAACAUUGAGUCCCUAAUGGACUCAAAAAUAUCAGCUUUUUUACUAUUUUUCGGAGAUAUGCUUUUUUAUAUUGCCUAUUUUAUCACGUUUUAUUUUA